AUUUGACGGUCGUCCAAUCAACAAAAAGCUAUUCACCAACAUCAGCAACAAUUGCUCGGAGUUAAUUCGAGUAAAACUCAGGAAUUUGACUGAUAAAUUUAAGUCGAGUUGAAAGCAAGAGGCGCUGCAAAAUGAAUUCCAGCGAACAAUCCAACGAAACAAAGCGAUCCAUGGAUUUGGUGAAAGCAAAGAGUCUUUUACAAAUACUUGAGAGUGAUUUAGAUGCCUGUGACUUCAAGUGGACGUUAUUUGUGGCCGCUGCAAAUAACUAUAAAUACGAUUCAUUGCUCAAACCAUUUCCAAGUGCAUUCAUCGCAAAUAAAGUAUUAUGUAUAGAGCGUUUACGUGAGACAAUAGCAUACAUUCCAGCAUUUGAUGUUUUAUUACCAAAAUUACAAGAUUUUUGCGAUCACACAACUAGCAUAGAUAAUACUAUCAACGAUGAAACUAUCGGCUUGUUGUAUUGGUGCCUGAUUAGCGUCAAAGAACCCAUAUUAAAAAGCAUCAAUCGUACGAAUUUCGAUAGCGUUUUAAAAAAAGUGAUUUCCGUUGUGCCUGGCCCACGACCAACUCACAUUUUUGAAGUGUGCACGUCGUCCGAUUCCAUUGCCGAAGAGAAAUUCCGUAGCCAUCAAACGAAUAAUCCCACUACGUUUGGUUAUCAUGGAUCCAAACUCGAGAGCUUCCAUUCAAUUUUAAACUAUGGCCUACAACAGCACUUGUGCAAGACUGCAUUAUACGGAGAAGGUAUUUAUUUGUCAUCUGAGCUGAGCGUCAGCCUCAUGUUUAGUUCAACUAAUAUUGGAUGGGAAAAUUCACGAUGUGGCAGAAGAAGUUCCUGUUUAGCAAUUUGUGAAUUUGUCAAUCAUCCAAUCCAUUUGAAGUGUCAUACCAAAGAAAAAAGCAACCCAAAUGGAGUUCCCGACAAAUAUUUUGUGAUAACGAAUAAUGAAAUAGUCCGUGUGCGCUACUUGAUCGUUUACGGAUCCGAAAUGAAAGCGGCUAGAAAUUCGCGCCUAACUGAAUGCAGCAAUAUGUCGGAGUAUGCAAUGGUAAAAUGGAUUCAUCGUCAUAAAUGGAUUGCGGCCAUGAUAACCUAUGCAGCAAUUUUACUGAUAAUCGGAGCGUCAAACAGUCGACAUGGAUAUUAUAUGAGACAAUAUAUGCGACAGGCAACGCUCAAUGCUAUCGACUACCUAAAGACCUUUAAUUUAUUUGGAUUCAAUUACAUUAAGAAAUUGUUCGGUUGACAAAACUACCGGUCAGUUCACCAAUAUCACAAUUUAAAUCGCCAUUUCAAUGAAAUGUCAAUAGUACGGUUGGAAAAUGUAGGGAAUUUAAUAGCGGGCCGAAGUAAAAUUGUGCUUGAAACUGUGAUGAGAGAAUAUUUUUUUUUAUAAAAUCACCUAAUUCGAAUAAUAAACACGUUCGUUGAUGAGCAUAAAUUAAUGAA